UUUGGUGAUAUCAGCUGUCUUGUUUGUGUUGAUGUUACGUGGGACAGAUGCAGCAAUAGAGGCACCAGAAUCGAAGCAUUGCGUCCAUUCACUCCAUGCUCUACCAGACAAGUGGAAUAAGAUCGUCAGCCCUGGGUUUCCGAAUGGAAUCAAUACGCAGAUACAGUGCAGCUGGAUGAUUACGUCCAACCCUGGUUAUCGUAUAAAACUUGCGUUCCGUACUUUGAAUGUGACGGGAUCGCGAAGGAGUUGCUUCACUCAGUUCGUUGAAAUAUUUGACUACAAAAUCGGUCAUUCUGCGGGAAAGUUUUGUGGAGCGAGUAGACCCGGUGAUUACGUAUCUUGGGGAACACGGGUACGGUUUGACCUGCAAGGAGACACAUCAGGAGAAAACACAGAAGGAUUUGACUUAAGAUAUAUAGCUACAAAAGAGCCGGGCGGAUUUAAAACACAUUGGACGUUCCCACUAAAGCCCAAGAAAGGGGGAACAAAGAAGGCAAAGAAACCUAAAGCUGGUAAACCGAAAAGGAAGAACAAAGGUCCGGAAAGCUCUGCAUCCCAAAAACCGAUGACAUCACAGGCCAUGCUAGACGUUAUAACGGUAGCAGAGAAAGUGGAAGUACCUUUGAACAUCUACAUCAUAGCUGGAGUUGCAGCGGGGGGAGUUGUAGCUUUGACGAUCAUUUUUAUUCUCAAUCAGAUCAUAUAACUUCAGACGUGUAGCUGGGCCACAAAAAAAUUGUUUUUCCUUGUUCACGACUAAUUAAAAAAUUAGCGCCGCGGGAAAGGCAAGAGGACAAUGUGGCUCUCCCUUACUCUUCCGAUAAUAAAGGCACCCGACAAAACGGUAAAAGACGAUCGGGUUGUGCUGCCUGUUUCACACCCAUGGU